ACCACCGUAUAAAUUAUCGUCUCAUAAAUAGCCAGGUGGCGUAGCUGCUUCAGCUUGUUAUUUUAUAAAUAUCUCGUCGUCCUACCUCCCGCCACGUCUCGGAGACACCUGGUCGGGAUCCUUCUGCUCUUUUCGCCCUUUCAGUUAUACGUCAUCUCAACUGCUAUUAUACUCUUCGCUCGUUCCAUAACAAAUAUAAUAUAGCUCGAACCGUCGUGUCGGCAUCUAUUUCAGACAUGCUUCUGGACCAAUUUGACGAUUGUGAUUGGGUCGGUAGAAAAAUUGCUGCGUGGGGACGCGCGGGCGACUCUUUCGAACAAAGAGAAAAUAUGACUACGCCCCCCAAUAAUCCCGAUGACGGGUCCCUCGAGACGACGGCGACCCUUAACAAAGAGACCCUUUCGGACUUCGAAUCCCUCAUGCUAGGAGAAAUGUCUAACGACGGGUGUUCGGAAGACGAGAUGGAUUCGGCCUCGAGCUCCGAAGACGGCGGCUUCUUCCCGUUUAUGGAACUGCCCCUGGAAAUCAGGCUGCAGAUUUACCGCUGGGUGCAUCUUAUGACGCCCGUCCAGCUGACCCAGUUCGCGCCGUGGUACCCCAACCCGGUGUACCGCGCGUACCACGUCAGAGCGGUGACGACGGAAAACGAUGCAACGACAGAUCCGUCGCUGUGCAGCUUCGGCGGGAGCGAAGAUAUCGCCGGAAGGCAAAAGCCGGCAGCAGCAGAGCGGUCCGAGCUGCUCUCGCCGUACCGACCAAAUUGCUGCAUGCCCACCUCGAUGCUGACGGCGAAUCGGCAAAUCUACUACGAAAGCAGGGAUCUGCCGUUCCUCGAAAACGAAUUCGUAUUCGUCAACUGGUUCACGUCGGGGCUGUGGGCCGCGCGGUCGUUCGUCAAGGGGAUGCAGCCGUGGCAGCUGACGAUGCGGUACGCGCGUCUGGAACUCCUGUCGCGGGACCUCAUCGGGCGGCCGCUGGGAGACUGGCGGGAGCUGUGCGAAGCGUGGGCGCCCGGAUUAAAGGGGUUGCGACUGAAAAUCCUCAGCGGGGGAGGCGGGGCGACGUCGUCUACGGGAGGCAUGUCGUGGGUGGUAGCGGGCCCGCCGCAGAAGGGGGCUCCGACCGUGAGGGUGCGGGAUCCGGACGGGAGUGUGGCGGAGUGGAUAGGGAACGGCCUGAGGCUUUUGAAGAGGCUUCGGUUUCUGGAGGUCGAGCUGUCCGUUGCCGAUUGGGAUGCUGGGACAAAAUUGGAGUGGUGUAGGAGCUUGGAGGAAGCUAUGAACGAGUCGAAGCCGGAUGCGGAACGUCACGUCCGGGUUUGUUGCGUGGAGAGGAUAGCGCAGGAGGGGAGGAGGUUUGUAUGUCUGUGAAGCUGGUCAUUGUCUUUAAGGGGGUUGGUUAUCACAGCGUUAUCACAGCGUUAUCACAGCGUCGUCUGAGCACAAUAACCUCUGAAUGCAAUCAUCUCUGAACGAAAAGGGUCGGAUAAACAGACGGAAAUGUAUAUAAGAUAAGUACUGAGGUCCCGACUCAUAAAGCUGGAUAUAAUUG